GAACAGUUUGAAGAGGUUUCGUUACGGGAGAUUUUGUGAUUCUUGUUCCUCACUCGCCGAGAGCUUGACUGCUCUGGUGACAAGCGUAUGCGCAACGCUACGCCAGGGCAUAGUCCCCCUUGCUCUUCCGACUCAGGUGACGCUCUGGUUGAAGUCUAAUUCGAAACGAAAGGAAGAGGAUCCUAAAGCCAAGGAUAACGCGCCUCCGCAGGGAACACAGUCGCAGUCGCCCUGACAGGAGGGAGGAGGAAGUCCUAACCAAGGCGUCGGAACGGCGUAUCUUCUGGAAAGGCACGUUUGUCGACAAGCGUCUCCACACAACGACGUGUUCCAAGUCUUCUACAGGUUACUACUAUUUCGCCGCACCAACCUCCGCCCCUCGACAAUGUCCCGCGAGCGUGAGCCCCGUCACCGCACGGCUGGAUCGUCAGCGUCCGUGCGUGCUCCACGCGGUGUCUGCAAUGGGGAGAAGCGUCUGGAGUGUCCAGUGUGCGAGAAGCGGUUCACCUUUCGAGGUAAUCUAGAAACGCACCUUCGGACCCACACCGGGGAGAAGCCUUUCGAGUGCGCAGUUUGCCAGAAGAAGUUCAUUCAUAGUGGACAUCUCAGAAGGCACCUCCGCAUCCACACCGGGGAGAAACCUUUCGAGUGCACUGUUUGCAAGCAGCAGUUCACUCAAAGUGGAAGUCUCAGAAUGCACCUUCGCACCCACACCGGGGAGAAGCCUUUCGAGUGCACAAUUUGCAAGAAGAGUUUCCCUCGUAGUGGAGAUCUCGGGGAGCACCUUCGCAUCCACACCGGCGAGAAGCCUUUCGAGUGCGCAGUUUGCAAGAAGAGUUUCCCUCGUAGUGGAGAUCUCAGGAGGCACCUUCUGACCCACACCGGGGAGAAGCCUUUCGAGUGCACUGUUUGCAGGCAAAAGUUCACUCAAAGUGGAAGUCUCAGAAUGCAUCUUCGCAUCCACACUGGGGAGAAGGCUUUCGAGUGCACAGUUUGCAACAAGAAGUUCAAUCAAAGUGGAAGUCUCAGAGCACACCUUCGGACCCACACCGGGGAGAAGCCUUUCGAGUGCUCAGUUUGCAAGAAGAAGUUUGUGCAAAGGGGACAUCUUCGAAGGCACCUUCUGAAACACAGCGGGGACACGCAUCGUGAGUGAAUAAUUUUCGACGACCUUGUAUACGGCACAUCGUUCAUGCUUUUUUAUUUCUGUUUGAAAGAAGAUUGGAACUGCGCUAUAGCCAUUGUGAUCUCUAUUCCUGCGGCCCCUCUAUGUUCGUGCUAGUUGACAAAUUCUCACUGUUUACGUUUGAGUCCAAGCCUUUUUGGUCCCUUUGCGGACGCCUUUUGCUUGUGACUUUUUGGAAAAAUGCCUUGGUUCCUAAAUUGAAGGUUGAUAUUGAUGUCGAUUGUGCUACCUGAGAGAAGCUUCUCCAGAAUGCAAACCGUUGGUGAAGGUCGAGCUUCUGCUUCGACAUUGUUUAGACGAGGGGAAAAAUUAAGUUACUUUGAAACGGGCGUGAUGAAUAUCUUAAAGCUUAGUGUUUUGCUUCGAAUUCUUUUAUAUUGGAACAUUGUUUUGGAUGCAUUAAACUUGAUUCAUGUUUGAUA